AUGAUAAGAAACACCAAGGCUAAAUAUUUAACACAUAACGCUCUUCAGGUUCUCAAAUCUCCCAUUGCUGAAAUUCUGUCGCUGGAGAAGUCGGGUAUGAUGACUUCUCGCACUAUCAGGAUUGCUCAAUUAGUAUGUGCUAGUAUAUGGUGUCUCUUUGCUGCCGGGAUAGUGUUUGGUUUCGCAGCUUUCAAGACUAUAUUGAUAGAUGAGGGAAUCUAUUCGGGUUUGUGCCACCGGGAUGAAGCUCCUAAGACUCCCGAUCCAGCAGCACCGUGUAUUGAGCAGGACUUGAAACUAAAUCUGCUAUUCACUAUCGCCGCUGCUGUGACCAAUGUUAUUGCUCUACCCGUUGGUUGGAUUCUAGAUUACUACGGACCACGUAUCUGUGGAAUUGCUGGUGCUAUGUGGCUUAUGGCAGCCUCUUUUACCUUCAAAUGGUCUAAACACCUGGAGUCUUAUAUUGAUCCAUACAUGACGGGUUACACUUUGCUUGCAAUCGGAGGUCCUUUUGUGUUCAUAUCAUGCUUCCAACUAGCCAAUAGCUUCCCUCAGAGAUCGGGCACGAUUUUGGCGCUAAUCAGUGGAUGCUUUGAUUCGUCAUCGGCAUUGUUCCUGUUUUACAGACUACUGUACCAAAAAUGGAACCACAGCCCUCAUUUGUCGAAGUUCUUUUCGAUUUACUUGGUCGUGCCCGUAUUCAUCAUCUUCUGUCAACUGGCAAUCAUGCCUCACCGCUCUUAUAAGACCCAGGCCGCUGUGGCUAAGCUAACAACUGAAGGUUUGGACGAAAAUGGACAUUUAUUGGAGGGCGAUGAUGGGUCUGCCAUCACUAGCGAUGUUUGUGAGCGUCAAUCAUUAUUGGCACAAGAUGCUAUGGAACUAGAACAGGAUAGACAGUCGCAUAAUACUGGUCGCAGAAAAUCCGUCCUCGAGACCUACGUAGAAGCGAAGUUGGAGGAGAAAACCGGCGGAGCGUUUGGUAUCCUACAUGACUAUUCAUUGAAAGCCCAACUCCGCAGUCCAUUGUUUUUCCUAAUGGUGAUCUUUGCGACUGUUUGUAUGCUCAGAAUUAACUACUUCGUUGCCACAAUCAGGUCUCAAGAGGAGUAUUUACUAGGGGAUCCGAGAUUAGCUAUCCAGAUGAAUGCUAUUUUUGACGUUGCUCUACCGCUUGGGGGCGUUUUAUCGAUACCGUUCACCGGUUUGAUUUUGGAUCAUUUGGACACUUUGAGCACGCUAAGUCUAGUAUUAGUCACUUCCGUCGCCAUAGGCGUGCUAGGGUUAAUACCACACGCUUUUACAGCGAAUUUGAUCGGUAUUCUCCUGCUUGUCGUUUACAGACCGUUCUACUACACUGUGAUUUCCGAUUAUGUCUCCAAGAUCUUUGGAUUCGAUAACUUUGGGACCGUCUAUGGAGCCCUGAUAUCAAUCUCGGGCGUGUGUAAUAUGUUCCAAAGUGUCCUUGAUGACUGGACUCACAACACUUUCAAGAUGAACCCAUCGCCCGUCAAUUCUGUGUUAGUUGUUGCGACAAUAAUUUCUGGUUUUGCGCUGAUCAGGAACCUGAAGUUACAUAUUCACGAACGACAGGACUUUAAAGUCGCAAUUCAUCCAGAAACGAGCGAAAGCGACAGCCCCACCUAUGGUUCUACUUGA